GACCUGCUGCUCAGCGCGCGAGCGGAUCUCACGAGCAGGACGCAACAAGGGCUGACACCUCUGCACCUUGCAGCGUCUGAUGGAAGAGUCGCUACUGCAUCGAAGCUGCUCUCGCAUGGUGCCAAGAGCGACGCUCGAGGAGCGGGGGGUGAAACCCCUUUGCAUGUCGCAGCGAAGAACGGGCAUGACGGUAUGGUCUCCCUCCUCAUACGAAUGGGUGCCAAUAUGCGGGUGGCUUGCGAUGAAGGUAAGACGGGACUUCAUCAUGCUGUGUCGAGUGGACACCUGCCGACCGUGGCGGCUGUGUACCAUGCCAACCCUGACAUGCUGCAAGCUAAAGACGCUAAUGGCCGCACAGCC